ACAGAGACGUAGUCUGUGUUAGAGCAGAAAAAAGUGCACUGAGACAAUGAUUGAGGAGAAGAAAGCAACAUAAUGAAAUGCUGAUGAGGUUGGAAAUGUUUUGAUGUUGAUGUGAACCACCCCUGUGUGCUUCAAAUGGAGCAUCAGUAGUGGACCCCAGCAGUGUCCUUUUUGCAAGUUGAACGCAAGCUGAACGUUACGAACAGUGGCUUCUUCAGUCUGUGGUCUCCUUCACUUUUCAACACAAGUAUGACCAGAAGACCUGUGCCCUGACGCACCGUGGUGCGCGCAUUCUGCUGGACCGGGGAGCGUGCGGACUAGUAUGAAGCGCCAUGGCUUGGUGCGACCGCGGGGUUCAAACGCUGCUAGCCACGGCGGGGGCUUUCGCCGCCUUCAGCCUGAUGACCAUCGCCAUUGGCACGGACUACUGGCUCUAUUCGCGGGCGUACAUAUGUAAUAGCACCAACACCACCACCGACGAGACCCAGACUCAGAUCAAAACUAAAAAAGGCGAUCUCACCCACUCGGGAUUGUGGAGAAUCUGUUGUAUUGAAGGCAUCAAUCAAGGGAGCUGUUACAGGAUCAACCACUUUCCUGAUGACAACGACUACGACACAGACAGCUCUGAAUAUCUGCUGCGUAUAGUUCGGGCCUCCAGCGUGUUCCCCAUCCUCAGCACCACCCUGUUGAUGCUUGGCGGGUUGUGUGUCGGUAUGGGCCGAGUGUACAACAAGACAAACAAUGUACUCCUCAGUGCAGGCAUUCUUUUUGUAGCCGCAGGUCUGAGCAACAUCAUCGGCAUCAUUGUCUAUAUCUCAAGCAAUGCUGGGGACCCCAGUGACAAACGAGACGAUGACAAGAAGUACACCUACUCUUACGGUUGGUCCUUCUACUUCGGCGCCCUUUCCUUUAUCGUGGCUGAAACUGUUGCCGUCCUUGUCAUCAACAUUUACAUCGAGAAGAACAAGGAGGUCCGCUGGAAGGCACGUCGCGAGUUUAUUCGCUCACUCUCCUCUUCUUCGCCAUACUCAAGAAUUCCCAGUUUCCGCUACCGCCGGCGGACGUCCCGUGCCAGCUCGCACUCCACGGAGGCCUCUAGGGAGAAUUCGCCUGUAGGCGGUAUGAAGGGUGCACCGUCUUCUAGCGGGCCCUUGAGUGAGCUGUCCAUGUAUGCCUUGGCAAGGGACAGUGUGACUGAGAACACAUACAAUCCUGAGCACGAGAGCAGUGCUGAAUUCCUGCAGGUUCAUAACUGUUUCCCAAACGAUUUGAAGGAUGGAGUAAAUCGCCGGACCACGCCUGUGUGAGUGGGAGACUUGUAAGCUCAAGGUUAACCUUAAUGAGGGUGCAUAAUCAGAAGUCUGGUAUACUGAAGAAGCCUGCCAUGUAAAAGAGAGUCUCUGGAUGUUUUGAAAAGACCAAACGGACACAAGAGGACAGUUACAAGGACAGAAGAUGAGCCACUUAACAAAAUGGGAGCAAAUUACUUGCUUUUAGAUGCAUUGAAGCAGAACAGAGUUACCAAGGUCUGUGCUGUAGCCAAUUCAAAACUAGUUUUUUUUAACUGUUCAGAUAUGAGCAGUCUGUUAAUCCCAUUCAAUGUUUUACGGAAUUAUUCCUACACUUUGUGGCUAAACUUGAGGUUUGCAAUUAAAAUGUAUUAUGGUUCAAGCAACAUGGUGCUAAAUGAAACAUACUCUUUAGUGUUCCAUUUGUAUGUGACAGUAUCUCUAAUUUCUUAUUGAAUUACAUGUUAUGCUCUAAUCACAGCCUUGAAAAAGAGUCAGUGUCUUUACAAAAUUAUAUCCUUGCUAAACUGUGAUGUAUUGAAUGUUUAGUAUUUAGGCCGAUUUAUCUCUGUAUUGUCUGCUCUGUAAUCCCUGACCUUUCUGAAGUUAGUCAGACAAUGGAUCAAGUGGUCCUGCCAUUCCUCCUCUACCUUCUCAGAUGGAUAUACCUGUCCUGGAAGAAAGACAGAAAAGUUUUAGGGGAGCCUGAACUCAAAAAAACACAUACAACAUAAAUCAGGAUGUCCUUUGGUUCUGAACAGAGUCUUGGGAUCAAGUCUUUAACAGAAAAGGAUCAGAGCCAAGGAGAGAAUUCAUAUCUGUCUGUCAAAGUCAGUGUGUCCAUCUGGCAGGCUAGCUUCUUCCUUUUCAAACAAGAGAGAGGCUAGAGGGAGACAUGUGGAGUGGCAAGGAUUAGCCCCCACUUACAAGAUCUGUACUGUCCUGCGGGUGUCUGACUGGUCUGUUAGUUUUCUCAGGAAAUAGAGCAAAGCUGCGGCAGGCUUCUUGCUUUGUGGUCGUCAUAAGAAACUGGACCAGUGACAAAGACAAGCCUUGAGAAAAAUAACCGAAGAGAAGUAAAAAUGCCAUUAAUUUAUUUUUGGUAAAUACUGUGCGUGUUGUCUGAGCAUGCUGGACUCAGUUGACCAGAGAUUGUGUUGGUGGAGACAACACUUCAUACUAUCAAGCUGAGCACAUGAAAAAAAAGCCAUCAGUGUAGGUCUUUCACUUUUAUAUUUCAGUCUAAAAAAGUCAUUGUUUGUAAUAUAAAGCUGUAAAUAAAAAUAUAAUAAAGAAACACACCAAUAUGAAAAGAGAAUUCAAAGCAUUAUUUGAUGAAAGAUUGUCUCAGUAAUCAUACUUUGACAAGUAGUCCGACAAUAAUCGCGUGAUUCAACUUACCUUUUUAUAGUCAGCUAAAACUAGUAUUUCUGUUAUGCGUCAGUGAAGUAUUUUGAUUGUAAGGUGAAGUACAGUGAGUAUGUUUAGGAGAAGAAACCAUAUUUUCUAUUCAAUGUAUGAGCGGCAGCUGUCUUUUAUUAUGUGUGCUUACAUUUAUUUAUGGCUUAGUAUAUAAUAAAGCACCUUCUCUUUUGUCAUCAAUAAGCAUUUAAAUUUGGAUGAUUAGAAGAGAAGGUAAAUAAUUGGUUGGGCUGCACAUGAUAAAAAAGUAGAGUCCGAGGCUCCCUUCUUUUACUGAGGAGUUCUGUUGUACCAUGUUUAGCACCAAACUAAUCUCUAUUUUAAAGGUAAAUCAGUGCCUUUUAUGAUCCACUGUAUUUCCCACAUUCAAUGUUCUUACAAAAAUAAUAUUUUUAACUUGUAUCACCCCAAGCAUACUGUACCUGGAUAAAUAAACAAAAUCAGGGUCA